AUGGAGACUUCCAUACAGCUUGUCACAAAACUGAGGAAUGCUUUUAAUGCGGUUAAGUACAUAAUUAGGCAUGAUGGUUCAAGAGCUGAUACUUCAAGGGACAUUCAUGAGUAUGUUGUGGACUUUUUUAGGGAUAUGUUGGUAACGGUUCGUGGUCAGUUCUGCCCAGAGCUUCCUGACUUUCUUAUAGACAUACAACUACAACAUUGUAAUGAGGCCCACAAGGUAAUUCUAGCUGCUCCGGUGACUAAAAAAAUCGUUAAAAGUUCGUUGGAUCAUAUGCUAUCGAGUAAAGCGCAUGGGCCUGAUGGUAUGACCGCUGAAUUCAUCAAAGCUAGCUGGACCGAAUCAGAGUUAAUUCAAAUCAAGUCAAAGUUUGAUCUUAGCCCACAAGCUCUACCUAUUCGGUAUCUUGAUUUGCCACUUUGUCAAAACGCAUAUCUGUUGGAGAUUGCGACCCAUUACUGGUUCAGAUAA